AUGGGCGAGGUCGUGAAGGAGUACGCCGAAGUCGGCAGGCCUGAGAUAAGCACGGACAUGAGGAUAUCGGGGCUAGAUGAGUCCCUCACCCUGGACGAAGUCAGGGAGGCGGUGGCCAUGAAGGGGGGCUGCUCCACCCGAGAGGUGACGGUAGGAGAGGUGCGCCCGGGACCAGGAGGCAUGGGGGGGGCGGUCGUUCGAUGUCCCGCAUGGGCCGCCAGAAAAGUGGCGGAGGGUGGGAGGAUCAAAGUGGGCUGGAGCCUAGCACACGUGAGGGUCCUCAGCCGGCGGACACACUGCUUUCGUUCCGAGGAGUUACAAUAUACAGAAGACUGAAUUAAACAAAUAGACCAGAUCCAAGUACAAAUAUUAUGAGUGACAAUUCCUAAAGCGCCUUUGCCGCGUUCUUUCGCUCAGUCUUCCUUCAUGUAAAAUUUGAAGAUGUGAUUUAAAUUACAUAAUAAGCAUGGUUAGAUUUAUUUAUAGUCGAUGAUGGCAUGAUUCUCUAAACUUAAAACUAAGUCAAGAUUAAUCAUGCCAAAAUCGAAACCACUAACAUGAUAAUGGUGUCGAUUCUGGCAUGAUUCUCAAAACUUAAAACUAAAUUUAACAUCAGUCUCUCCUUUUCAUUCUGUAUAGAGAAUGACAAGGAUAUACUGCUGUCAAAUUUAAGUUUAGGUUUAGAGAAUCAUGCUAGAAUCGACACCAUUGACAACUCUCCAGAAUAAGAGAAACCGACGUUGCAGCCAAUAUCUAUGGGUGCGGCCAGAGUGCACUCAGAUUCAGAUUCAGAUUCUGAAAACAAGCGCGAGAAAUAAACAGUGUAGUCGAAGGGUACGGCCAGAUCGCACUCCUGAUUCAGAUUCAGAUUCAGACUCAGAAAACAAAGCGCGAGAAAAAGCAGGCAACCUGCUUAGACUACACUGUUUAUUUCUCGCGCUUGUUUUCAGAAUCUGAAUCUGAGUGCACUCUGGCCGCACCCUAUAGCAACUAUUGGCCGCAGUGUGUACUAACAUCUAUGGUGAGGAUAUCGCUAAGCAGGGCGAGUUGCUGGCCAUCAACCUUGACAUCGCCAAGGCUUUCGACAGUGUCUAGCACAAAAGCCCUCUCUCCAAGCAUCAGGCAUAUGAUCUCUAUGCUUACUCAGUUCUAUUCCUGGGUAGCGGAUUUCUUGCAUAUACGUAAAACUCGUGACCUUUCGAAAAACGAAAGGCAAAACCGGAAAUGGGUGGUAGCUAGAACUGUGGCAGACUGUACCAGCUUUCAUAUAGUCAGGUCGAGAAGUACAUACUUCGAAUCUAAGUUAAAAAAUUGUAAAAACCCAAAAAUUCGGUGUUUACCCAUCUGGGGGGAUUUUCGUACCCCCAAGAUUUUCACUCUCCGUUUCCCAAAGUCAAGCGAAAUUCAUACUUACCAAAAUUAAAAAAUGAUAAUUAUUUGUUAAAAAUAAGGAUCUUCGGCAUACUUUUUAUUGAUUUUCUCUAAAAUAAACAUUGAAACCUUAUAACAGCCUAUAAUUUGCAUUAAAAUUGUUUGGAUGCAUCUAAUGACAUCAGUCAAAUCACCAAAAUAUUUUUAACACAGGUUUGAAAUAUGUACUUUAUGUACCUGUUGAAUUAGAUAUUAGAUUUAUUUAAAGAGAAUAGUUUAAUAAAUCAUAUAUAUGAUGAAUAAAUAAAUAAAUGACCCGUGACAUGUACUUAUAUUAUUGGAUAGAACUAAAUAAAAACACGAAAGAUUAUUUAAAAGUACUUACAUUUUUAUUUCACAAAAAAAUACAUUAUGAGAAGACACUAAAAUGGACGGUACUUGUUUCUUAUAAUUGUGCUUAAAAUUACAUGUCAAUAGCAGUCUAUAGAAAACUCAGUUUUUCACGUUACACUCGUGAAUUUCUUAAAUUUCAAAUGUGUUGUAUGGUAAUUAGAGUUUAAACAUGCUCCCAUUUCAGAACUGAAUGCUGAGUACGAGUUCUUACCUCCAGUAAUUAAAUGCGUUCCCAUAAACGUGAAAUAAAUACAUUUUAGGAGCGCCAUCUAGUGUAUAAUUAAAGAAUUAUGGUAACUCCACAAUAAAAAAUAAUACGUUUACUUCAAACGCUACUGAACUUAAAAACUCGCACUUCGCAAGCAGAUUUCAACGCAUACAUACUUAUUGGAAUAAAGUCUAAGGAAUAUUCAUACGAUUAAAUUCAAGUACAGUAAUUAUUUUCAAGAAUAACUUCUCUAAAUAUAAAAAGGAGCAGAUUUUGACAUAUUAACGAGGGUGAAAGUGACAGAAAAUGAGACCGUGAGAUAAUUUAUAGGACUGCACUUGAAUUUAAGACUAUGUAUACAAGAAUAUUUAAAAAUAUUAUUUUUUUUAUAAGUUGCCAUUCUGUAAAAAAUCUAAAUAACUCAAAUCAUGUAAUUUCUAUUAAUAUAUGUAAAUGCUGCCAUAGUAUAAAAAACCUUAUACAGUUUUUAUAAUGUUAAUUCUUGAUAUUUAAAAAAUAUUAGGCACUCUCCUACUCGUUUAUAUUUUUAGGAAAAUAAAUCAAAUUGCAAUGUAUUGUCAAUUAUAUACUUAUCAUAUUGUAAAAAAAAUGUAUAAAAUAAAUAAAAAUUGUAAGACUCACUAUUUGUGAUUUUUAUGUAGUGUAUAACCUUUUAAUAAAAAAUAGUAUAAUAUAGUAUUGUAAAAGUAUUAGGUAAACGAAAAAACAUAUAAAAAUAUAUUAGCUUGCUAACAUUACAAAUGAAAUAUCAGAAACUCUUAUAACUUAUACACUUAAUCCAAGACAAAAAUGGACGGCUACAUAAUGCCCUGAUAAGUAAAAAUAUUGUUGAGAUUCCAGUAAAUCAAAGCUACCUAUAAAUAUUUACCUUAAUUCUAGAAAAAUGUCAUAAGUAUCAAAGUCGUCGUUCCUUUUUUGUACCAUUAAAACCCAGAUUUUUUUUAAUAUCAAGAUAAGUAUACUGUGAUUUUAACUCAACGGAUUCUAACAUUUCAGGAAUGUUGCCAAUAAAUAAAACAGUCGAAACUUAUAAAAUUAACAACAAUAUUUCUCGCAUUUAUGAUUUCAAAUUAGAAAAACUAAGUCAAUGUAAAAAUGGUGUUGAAGUAAACGCAAACAACAGCAUCCUUUUAAACGCAAACCCUUUAUCUGUGGUCUUUUACUGACCCACCGCAUCUUUUAAGUUGUUAAGAAAUCUUGUGUAUAAAUCUAAACAAAAUAUAACUAGAAAAUUUCCACGCGGACCAGGCAGCAGACGGGACUCGAACCCGCACCCUUCGCUAUCCGGGCAAAUGCACUGACCAUUGUGCUACCGCCGCCCUGCCGGUCAUGUGUUAUAUUUUCUUUAGAUUUAAACAUCAAGCAGCUACAUGGUUAAAAAAUAAAAAUUAUAACUAUAAUUUUGUGUAAUCACAUAAUAAACGGUUGUAUUUUUAAUAAUUCAGUGCUUUAUUUAAUUACAUCAAAUGGUAAUCAGACUUAAUUACUAUCACAUUAUUGAAGUUACAAUAAUAAUUAGUAAAAUUAGAAAAUUCACUAACCACUAAAUAGUAGAAAGAGAUUCUUGUGGAAGAAAAAUCAUUUCCUAUGGGUUUGCAAUCCUACUUUAGGAAAACUUUUCGUUUGCAAAAUCUUUGCUUCUUGCAACAAUAUUGACAAUAUGUGCGAUUCUUUUAUAAUUCAAGUCGAUGAAAAAAUGAAUGAUGAAUUUGAUAUACAUAUAUCUUUUUCAUUUGGCCAUUUGAAAAUUAAAUUAUUAGAUCAAAAAUGAGAAUAAUAGCACUGGAUAAUAGUUGGGAAGAAGUCGAAGCAUGGGAAAGAAUAGACCUUGAUGGAUAGCGCCCAUUAUGCCGGGCCAGAGCGAGUCGGGUUGCAAUACAGAAAUCCGCUCAAAUCGCUCGUAUGUAUUUUUAUAUGUAUAACUUUCGCGCACUAUGCCGGCCGAUACGAUUUAAAAGAGGUUUUAAAUUAUAAAUUAUAAGUUGAACGGUACCAAAUAAUCUGUUUUUUUUUUGUCUAUGGUUUUUUGCAUUAUAUUUAUUGUGGGUUAUGUUAUAAUGUGAUAUGUGAUUUUGUUUUUUUUUUAUUUAGUAGGUUUUCACGCACACCACUCAUUAAAUAAAAGAAGACUUAUAAGACGGUAUAGAUGCACUGAUUUGUGUAUUUAUGACGUCUCUAUGAAUAUUUAAUUUGUCAAGCUACCUUCGUAAAAAGAUUUCGAAGGUAGCUAGACAAAGUGCCUUUUUUUAUUCAGCGCUUUGUAUUUGGAGGCACAUUGAGCUGUUGCUCAGGAGUCACUGAAAUAAGGCUAAACAAAGAUAACAAAAGUUUUGCUGUAUCUUAAUUUCACAUUUCAUAUUAUAAAAAACUAGGAAAUUAAAUUGUGGAAUUAAAAUCCUACGGUAGAUAUUGCUUUACAUCUUAACGUUAUAUAAAUCUAAAUAUUGGACUUGAUUUUUAAAGCAAAUUUUAUAGCUACAAAACCUAAUGAAAGUAUUUAAUAUCAUAUAAGCUGUGAUAUUUUUUAUUUAUCUUUAUUACGGUGAAUACGAGUAUCAUUUAUUGUAUAGCAAAAACAAAGUAAAAAAUUAGGUAUCCUUAUAUAAAUCAUGGCAGUCUUCUCUCAAAUAAUAUGAAAAAAAAAACUACAGUUUUGUAGCAACAAAAUCUUAAAAAUUUGCAAAAAAAUCUAAUCUCUAACAAAAUGAUUAGAACUCCUAGUAUUACUACAAAACUGCCACAGCACUGGUCUUACCUUUUAUUUUCCAUUUCAAUAACCAGUACUCUUAUACCGGGGUUCACACGAGGCGAUUUUAGUUGCUGCUAACUGCUAAAUCGCAUGCGAUUUGAACCGUCUGAACAAACUUUCAAUCAAAUUAAAGAAAAGUUGAUAAAAAAACAUUAUUUAGUAGUUAAUAACUGUUUCAUAUAAAUAUAAAUGCACGUAUCGGAUAGCUAUGUAUGAACGAACAAGAAAGCAAGGAGAGUGGCGCCAUCUACGUAACGUCGUAUGAACUAUAUUGUUGUUUUAAAUUCUUCAUUGCUAUGGCAAGGGUUGUAAUCUACUAGCUUAGCGAAGAGUCCUCCAACAAAAGCAAAUGAACGAUAAAAGUUGAUCAAUUUAACCGCCUCGUGUGAACCCGGUAUUAGCACAAAACGACAUCGAAUUCGAAUAAUUGAAUUCAAUGGGCGUCAAAUGUCAAGUAUGGAAAAAUGAACAGCGCCACAACGGACGUAAGAGAAUUAAAAAAAAAUCGAAACAAAACUGCUUCACAUUUAGCGCUUAUCGAAAUCGAAUUUAACUAUUCGAAUUCGAUCUAGAUAAACGCCAAAUGUGUACUGAUAUCUGUUGUUAUCGUUACGUCCGUUGUGACGCUGCUGUUCAAGUUUCCAUACAAAUUUUGACAAUGACACUUCGCACUCGCAAAGUAACGAAUUCGAUAUUAGUUCGUGCGAAGGGCAUAUAACUCAGAAUCCAACUAUUCAUCACCAAUCUACAACCCCUUUAUUAAUAAACGAGGAACAAACUUAGACUAGUAACGCCGUGUUUAGUUCAUAUCACUCAAAUGCCAUUUGUCAUUAAAUGAACAGAGACAAAACAUAGAGUAACGAGUCCAAGCUUCAUCAUCAUCAUCAUCAUCAGCCUCUUAAUGUCCCCGCUGCUGGGGCACAGGCCUUCCCUAUGGAUGGAAUAGGGAGAUUGGGCCAUGAGCCACCACGCGGGCCCAGUGCGGAUUGGCGGGUGCUAACGACUGCAGAUGCAACCGGGACCAACGGCUUAACGUGCCUUCCGAAGCACGGAGGAACUCGAGAUAGAAAUUUGUUGGUCACCCAUCCAAUGACCCACCACUGCGAAAGUUGCUUAACUACAACGAUCGCAGCCGAACGCGCUAACCACCUGCGCCAUCGAGCUCCUCAAGCUUAUUUUGCGUUUAUUAAUAAGGGGGCGAGAGUAUAUAAAGUUUUGUAGCUACAAAAACGCCUAUAUUACAAUAACAUAGCAUAUACAAUCUUACCUAAUCUUCAAUAGUAUCAGUAGAACGCCCAAAAUAAUCACGAAACUGCUUUGUAUCGCCGCCGCACCAGCCAAUCUACAUUUGAACAUGUCAAUGCGUGUCUCCUUAUCCAAUAUAAUGUUCUGGAACUCCGCUUCGACGAUUUGUCCGUCGUAGUAAGUUAUCGGAUCUUCGAACGGAUACUCGUAUCCUUGGAGGCACUCGCAUUUGUAACCGCCCGCUUCGAAGCCACGCCCCAAUAUUGGUACGCA